AUGGCUGAAGGUUCUUCCAACUUCAGUUUGUGCGUUGACAAUGAAACAUACGAGGAUUGUACUCUUCUCAGGGUGGAAGGUGAGAAUGGGCAUGGUCGUAUUCUCUUACAAAUAGUUCAGGCCUUGAGCGAUCUUGACCUCAUCAUCUCCAAAGCCACCAUUUCAGCCGAUGGUGGUUGGUUCAUGAAUGUUUUCCAUGUCACCGAUCACCAUGGCCACAAGCUUAGAGACCCCAGCUUCGUACGCUACAUGCAACGGUCUCUUGAUGGCGACCAAGAAGGAAAUAGAGCUUACGACGUCGCCAAACUCAAAAUAUGUCGCGACAACAAAGUCAAUGUUGAACACUUUACUUCUGAUUGCAUCGCCCUCGAAAUAAGCUCUGUUGAUAGCCCCGGCAUUUUCUCUGAUGUGGACCCACAACGUUGCGCUGCUGGCAUCUUCUACAUAAAGAACCGCGACACGGGUCGGUCCAUCUCUGAUCGGCCACGCUUGAGUUGCUUGCUGAAGAAGAUAUUGAAUGUGGUGGAAGCCCACCACUUACCUGAUAAGUUGUGGGGGGUGCGACUACGCCAUGCGGCCUACCAGAUCCAUACGGAGCGACGAUUACAUCAGUUGAUGCAAGAACAGAUGGACUUUCAGGUCACAACGCCACCAUUGCAUGCCCAUGAAGAUCUUUCCAUGUUGGCCAUUUCGGUUGUGGAGGCAAAGAGGUUGCGUGGUCACUUAAUUAAGAGAGAUUAUUUUGUGGUGACUGUGAGGAGUAGGGAUACACCUAAGUUAAUGUUUGAUGCAAUUUCUUCUCUGACGAAUUUGAAUUUUGAAGUGCUACGUGGCUUUGUCAGCUCAAAUGGACGGUGGGCAAUUCAGAAAUACUUCAUGCGAGGGCUUGAUGGAUGCACAACGCUCAAUGAGGUGGAGAGACAAAGUUUAGUUCGAAGUUUGAAGGCGGCCAUUGAGCGGAGACAGUCUCAUGGUUUAAGGAUGGACAUGCGCACUUUAAACCGACCUGAUUUGCUUUUGAACGUGAGCAAAGUGUUCCAAAAAAAUGGCCUCUCAAUAAAUAAGGUGGAGUUCGCCAAGCAAAAAGACAUGGCUGUUGGCACUUUUUAUAUCACGGAUGCCUCAUCGUCUUCUAAUGUCGUUGCUAUUGAGCAACAAAAACUGGAGGCAAUGCAGAAAGAGAUCUGGAAUGGAAUCUUCUUUGAAAAGAAGAAUAAUUGUGACUGCAACAUCACAUCUCCAGCUCACAAAAGAUGGAGUUUAUAUUCUAUGAUUUGCUCUUUUGGGGGUGCUAUAUGA